AUGGAUAGCAUAAUGAAUAAGCUUCGGAAUCUCGAUGCAUAUCCAAAAAUCAACGAAGAUUUCUAUUCUCGCACGCUUUCAGGCGGUGUUAUCACUCUCGCUUCCUCCAUUGUCAUGCUCUUGCUUUUCUUCUCCGAGCUUCGGUUGUAUCUUCAUGCCGCGACUGAAACCAAGCUUGUUGUAGAUACUUCUAGAGGAGAAACGCUGCGUAUCAACUUUGAUGUUACAUUUCCCGCACUAGCGUGUUCUGUACUUAGUAUCGAUGCCAUGGACAUAAGUGGAGAGCAGCAUCUGGAUGUAAGACAUGAUAUAAUCAAGAAAAGAAUAGAUUCUCAUGGCAAUGUGAUAGAAACAAGGCAAGAUGGAAUUGGUUCUCCCACGAUUGACAAGCCCUUGCAAAGACAUGGAGGCAGGCUUGAGCACAAUGAGACUUAUUGUGGAUCCUGUUAUGGUGCUGAGAUGUCAGAUGAGCAAUGUUGUAAUUCCUGUGAGGAAGUUCGUGAAGCAUAUCAAAAGAAAGGUUGGGGACUUUCAAAUCCAGAUGUAAUCGACCAGUGCAAAAGAGAAGGAUUCUUAGAAAGAAUCAAGGAAGAAGAAGGUGAAGGAUGCAAUAUGUAUGGCUUUUUGGAAGUAAACAAGGUGGCAGGGAAUUUCCAUUUUGCUCCUGGAAAAAGCUUUCAGCAAUCUGGCGUACAUAUACAUGACGUAUUGGCUUUUCAAAAGGAGUCAUUUAAUUUAACUCACCACAUCAACAGAAUAGCCUUUGGAGACUAUUUUCCCGGUGUUGUAAACCCUCUUGACGGUGUGCAUUGGAAGCAAGAAACACCAAGUGGGAUGUACCAGUAUUUUAUUAAGGUUGUGCCAACUAUGUACACUGAUGUCAAUGGGAACACUAUCCAGUCAAACCAGUUCUCUGUGACAGAACACUUCAGGACAGGAGAUGUAGGCCAUCUGCAGUCCCUCCCUGGAGUUUUUUUCUUCUACGACCUUUCCCCAAUUAAGGUUACUUUUACAGAACAACACGUAUCAUUUUUACAUUUUCUUACUAAUGUGUGCGCCAUAGUGGGAGGUGUUUUCACUGUUUCUGGAAUACUAGAUUCAUUUAUCUAUCAUGGUCAAAAGGCUAUCAAGAAGAAAAUGGAACUUGGUAAAUUUAACUGA